AUGGGGGCAAAAGAGUUCCAUGGUAGUUCAGAUCCUGCUGAGGCCGAUGCUUGGCUUACGGAUGUCGAGCGGAUAUUUGAGGUUUUACAGUGCCUUGAUGGAGAUAGGGUUCGGUUGGCCACCUUCCUUCUAAAGGGGAAUGCUUAUCACUGGUGGAAGACAGUCCGCAGAGGGUAUGCUAACCAUGCUGCCCUUACUUGGGAAAAGUUUCAGAGGGUAUUCUUUGAUCAAUUCUACCCGCGUUCUUACAAGAAUGUGAAGAAGUCUGAGUUCUUGCAUCUGAAGCAAGGACAAAUGUCCAUACUGGAAUAUGAGCAUAAAUUUAAUGAGCUGUCCAGGUUUGCACCUGAGUUGGUAACCACAGAGGAAGACAAGUGUACACGCUUUGAAGAGGGUCUGUGGUUAGAUAUUCAGGCUGUGGUCACUGCCACCACAUAUCCUACCAUGAGAGCCUUGGCCCAAGCAGCGGAUAGAGUGGCCAAGAAGUACAGUUUGGAUGCAGGUAUUGGUAGGCGCUACAGGGAUUCAUCACGCUUUGGUGGGCUGAGUCGGGUUCCAUCAAAGAGGGGUGGAUCCAGUUUUAGUUUUGCUGGUAGUGGUUGGUCUGGAGGACGUGGGUCCAGUUCAGGCAGUGGGAGGUCUUGGCUCUUGACCAGUUUGGAGCCAGCACUUGGGACAGCAGACUAUGGCCAAUACAGCUAG